UCCACUGCACACAUGGACUUUCUGAUUCGUUUCUCAACCAUUAAUGGCUUCAUAAGGCUUGUGAAACUGCACUUUUAAUUUACUUGUUCUUGAAAACUAGAUGUGUAUGCCAAUCAGAUUUUGAAAAGCGUCUACUUUGAGCAAAUCCAGAGACUUGGUUCUACAUAACCUGUAGCCACACUACCAGGACAUCUAUCAACUAACAGUAUGGAAUUUCCUAAUGAAGAGAAGGGAGAUGAUCAACUUGAGAACAGUGUUCAGGAGUCUAUGGCGCAUGAGCAGACAGAUAUCGAAGAACAUGCCUCUGUAGGAAAGAAAAACAUAGAAGAGGAGUGGGCUGGCGCACCUCUUGCUCCAGCUGAUUCUCUUUGGACCACUGAUGCUAAAGGCUCAGUAAGACUGAGAAUAGACGAAGGGUGUCCAGAGGAACCUGUCACAGUUCACCAAAUGUUCAAAGUCUCAGUUGAAAAAUAUGGAAACAUGUAUGCACUCGCCAGCAAGAAGAACAACAAAUGGGAAAAGAUAACUUUCUUGGAGUAUUAUCAAUUCUGCCGGAGAGCAGCCAAGAGCUUUAUAAAGCUUGGUUUAGAGCGAUUCCAUGGAGUGGGAAUACUAGGAUUCAAUUCCGCAGAAUGGUUCUUCUCUGCAGUCGGUGCCAUCAUGGCAGGGGGGAUAGUGGCUGGCAUUUAUGCCACAAACUCACCAGAAGCAUGUCAGUAUGUGGCUAGUGACUCCAAAGCCAACAUUAUUGUGGUGGAAAACCAAAAGCAAUUGGACAAAAUCCUGCAGAUACGUGACAGACUGCCCCAUCUGAAAGCCAUAGUGCAGUACAGUGGAAACCCCCAGCAGAAGAUCUCUGAACUUUACUCUUGGGAGGAGUUCAUGCAGCUGGGUCUAGAUGUUUCUGAGGAAGAACUGGAUGACCUCAUCUGCAGCCAGAGAGCCAACCAAUGCUGCGUCCUGAUCUACACCUCUGGCACCACAGGCAGACCAAAGGGAGUCAUGCUCAGUCAUGACAAUAUCACAUGGACUGCCAAUCAUGCCAGCAGGGCUGGCAACAUGCAGCCGGCCGACACCAAACAGGAGUCACUGGUGAGCUACUUGCCUCUGAGCCACAUCGCCGCUCAGAUCUAUGAUCUCUGGACAGGCAUCCAGUGGGGUGAGCUGGUAUACUUCGCACAGCCAGAUGCCUUAAAGGGAAGCCUGAUAACAACACUGCGAGAAGUUUGUCCUACAUCCCAUAUGGGUGUCCCGCGGGUAUGGGAGAAGAUGAUGGAGAAGAUAAAACAGGGAAUUAGUGAGUGUGGAUAUGUGAAAAAGAAACUGGUGACAUGGGCAAUGUCAGUCAGUUUGGAAGCCAAUCAAAAGUAUAUGCAGAAGGAUGAAGAGAAACCUUUCCUCUUUUUUCUGGCUGACAGUUUUGUGCUGCAGAAGAUUCGGGCUGAGCUGGGCCUGUCUUGCUGUCAGAAGUUCUUCUCUGGAGCAGCACCAAUCGGUAGUGAGACGAUGCAGUUUUUCCUGGGCCUGAAUAUCAGGCUGUAUGAGGUAUAUGGCAUGAGUGAGAGCACAGGGCCCCACUUUAUGUCAAGUCCCAAAGCUUACAAACUACCAAGCUGUGGCAAGGUGGUGCCUGGCUGUCGAUACAAAAUGGCCAACAUAGACUCUGAUGGGACAGGUGAAAUAUGCUUUUGGGGACGUAACAUUUUCAUGGGUUUCCUCAAUGUGGAAGACAAGACAAGAGAAGCUUUGGAUGAAGAUGGAUUUCUGCAUUCUGGAGACCUUGGGAAGAUAGAUGAAGAGGGGUUCUUGUACAUCACAGGGAGAAUAAAAGAGUUGAUCAUCACUGCUGGAGGUGAGAAUAUUCCACCUCUUCCCAUAGAGGAAGCAGUGAAGCGGGAGCUACCUAUCAUCAGCAAUGCCAUGCUCAUAGGGGACAAGAGGAAAUUCUUGUCAAUGCUUUUGACCUUAAAGUGUGGUAGCAUAACAGAAACCAUGGAACCAACAGAGGUGCUGAAUUCGGAGGCUGUAGCGUUUUGCCAACAGCUAGGCAGCCAAGCAACUAAAGUGUCUGACAUCAUUGGAGGAAAAGACAAACAAGUGUACCAGGCAAUUCAAGAAGGAAUCAACAGAGUCAACUCUGCAGCCACCUCUAAUGCCCAACGCAUACAAAAGUGGACUAUUCUCAGAAAGGACUUUUCCGUUUCUGGAGGAGAGCUGGGUCCAACAAUGAAGCUUCGUCGCCCAGUCGUGUUGGAGAUGUACCACAAGGUCAUAGAGAGCUUCUAUGAAGAAUAGUUUAUAGAGAACUGACUAACUGUUAGUAUGAAAAUCACGUCACUUGCAAAUCUCAUAAUGUUUGAGGACAUGCAUGGAAUAUAAUUAUAUCUAGUCUUGUGUAUAAAAUGCAUAAAUAAUACAGGAACCAUUUUAAAUUUUUUAAUAAUAUUUAAUCCUUGAUGACAUAUCCCACUCCAUUAAUUUCCUUCUUUUGAUAUUGAUGCCGUCUGGGCGGAGGUUCAGACUUCCUUGUGCACGGAAGUGCUGUUAUGAAAAAUCCUUUAUUCCUCUACCAUUGUGCAGCUCAACAGCAGCUAAGGAGAAACAUGGAUUUACUGUGCUGAGCCAGCAUGUAGCACUCUGUAUUUAGUAUUUCAUUUUAAACUGACACUGGUCAACUGUACUGUUCUGUACUGUAUUGUAUUUCUACAUGCACCGUGCAUCAGGGAAAUUAUUGCAUUAAUGGCCAAUACCAUUUUGAAUCUUAACAGGAAACCAAGACUAGGUUUUGUGAAUAAUACUUGCUAUUACAAUACAGAGUCACACCAUUUUGAUGCAUCAUGUCAUAGACUGAAAUAUUUGUUUCUCAUUUAUAUUUUUGUCUAGUCAACAAUUUAUUUUUACUGCUUUAAAAUCUUGCUAGUUAGUUGCAUGACAGGAUCUGACCCUGUAUUUUGUGAAAAUAUUUAGCAGUAUUCAGUAUAUUGUUUAUACCACUUCAGAGAAAAACUGUGGCAUAAUGUAAUCACAGGGGUCACAGGAGUUGAUCAUCAUAGCAAAUAAGAGUUGUUUGCAUAACAAUAAAUAAAAAGUCUGGCAAUUCUGAUAGCACUGUAAUAUUCCUUUUAUACAUUCAUGAUAUUUGCAGCAAGAAAAACAGUAUGACAUGAAAAAAAGACUUAGUGCAAAAAUAUGCCAGUUUGACGUUAUGGUAGCCAAAUUAUGUUGAAAUCAUAAAAGCCCAUCAGAAUUUUUUUAAAACAUAAAUGUGAAAUAUAUUGACAAAACACAAUACUUUAGAGUAGAAGCCAAGUUCAGCCAGUAAACAGACAAUUAGGAAUAGGAAUAAAAUACAUAUCACAUAUACAGUAACUGUUGGUCAAGAGUUUUAAGACAGUGAUUUGGAGUGUGCAGUGACAAAAAAAUAUAACAUUCAGGGGCCUCAUUACAGAGACUUCCUAAGUCUGAAAUCUUAUCUCAGUUCAGCAUGACAUUUAGGAUUUUUUAUAUUACAGAAACAUGUUUCCUAACUGGAUUUAUCUUAGGCUAGGAAUUUAGCUAUUACAGAAGUGUCCUAACUGCAUUAUUGCCUAAGAAUCCUCAGUUAGGUUGGCAUAAGUUCAAAACAACUACCAACAAUGCCAGUACCACUGUUGUUAGGUCUGUGUGGCAAUUACAAUAAAGCUUUUAAACAACAUGAACAAUUUCAAUAUAUAUGAAUGAAAGUGGGGCUGGACAAUAAAACAAUAACAAUACGAGGUGGUGAUGGCGCAAUGGAUAAGACGCCUGCCUUUGGUGUGAGAGACCCAGGGUUCAAUUCCCCACUGUGACCUCUGACAUGUAUA